AUGCAAGAUUGCAAACCUGUAAGCACUCCAAUUUCUACUGGUUUAAAGCUAGGCAAGGAUGAAAAUACUGAAAAAGUAGAUACAAUCCUCUAUAGAAGUUUAAUUGGUAGUCUUCUGUACCUUACAGCUAGCAGACCUGACAUUCUACUUGCUGUAAGUUUGCUCUCUAGGUUUAUGCAUUUACCUAGGGAAACCCACUUUACAGCUGCCAAAAGGGUGUUAAGGUAUAUAAAAGGAACCAGCACAUUUGGGAUGUUCUUUGCAGCAAUUGCAGGGGAGAGUUUGAAGUUGGUUGGUUACUGCGACAGCGAUUGGGGUGGCUGUAUUGAAGAUUCAAGAAGCACUUCUGGAUACUUAUUUUCACUGGGCACAAGUUUUUUCAGUUGGAGCUCAAAAAAACAAGAAACUACAGCUCAAUCAACAGCAAAAGCAGAGUACAUUGCUACUGCCUCUGCUGUAAACCAGGCUAUUUGGCUAAGGAAGAUGCUAAAAGAUUUGCAGUGUGAGCAAAAAGAUUUGCAUGUGAGCGACAGAAGCUAA